GCGUUUUGGGGGCAGAGGAGGAUUGAGGAAAAGCAAAGGGCGAGAGCGCUAGAAACGAGGCCCGACAGUUGUAUCGUUAUCGCGGAGGGGAGGGGAAGGAUAGGACAGCUGUCCCCGCUUGAUUGAUUGACUGAUGUGGGGAGGAUUUGAGGAUCAACCGGGCUAGCCUGGUUGGCCACCUGUCCCUGCUCUCUAUAAUGCCCCAGUGUUUGCAGCAUCUGCAGUGAACGUGAUGGCAGCCCAGUCGGUUUCCAUAGACAAGUAUCCAAAGGGAGAGCAGCAGAUGCAAGGUGUGGUAAAGGUAGACAGUGAUUCGGAGCAGAAAUUUAUUGAGGGGACGUUGGCAGAGGCGCCCAGCCCAGCACCAACAGAGCCGCAGACACCCAUGGACGCGGACAAAGCCUCCAUAUAUCGGCAUCCCUUGUUCCCUCUGUUGGCCCUGCUGUUUGAGAAGUGUGAACAGUCCACACUGAGCUCUGAAUGCAUUACCUCUGCAAGCUUUGAUGUCGACAUUGAGAACUUUGUCCGCAAUCAGGAGAAAGAGGGUAAACCCUUCUUCAGUGAGGACCCUGAACUCGACAACUUGAUGGUGAAAGCCAUCCAGGUGCUGCGGAUCCACCUGCUGGAGCUAGAGAAGGUGAGUGACCUGUGCAAGGACUUCUGUAGUCGCUAUAUCGCCUGCCUCAAGACUAAGAUGAACAGUGAAACCCUGCUGAGUGGAGAGCCAGGCAGUCCAUAUUCCCCUGUACAAGGCCAGGCACAGAGCUUCUCACCCACCAAGACUCAGAACCCCAGCUCUAUCUCGGGGACCAUCAGUCCCCAGGGUCAAAUUGUGGUGCCUGCGUCAGCCCUGCAGCAAGGGAACGUUACCGUGACAGCCGUCAACCCCACCCAGGUGGUCGCAGGUAUGUCAUCAUGGCAUACAACCCCUCCCUCAGGUGGCACGGUAUAUCAGCCUGUUACAGUCGUCACUCCUCAGGGCCAGGUGGUAACACAGGCUCUUUCUCCUGGGACAAUACGCGUCCAAAACAAUCAGCUCCAGCUGCAGUUUCACCAGGACUUGAAUCUCUUUAAUCAUGAUGACAACUCAACCAAGAACAAGCGUGGUGUUCUACCCAAACACGCUACCAACGUCAUGCGCUCAUGGCUUUUCCAGCACAUUGGGCACCCAUAUCCAACAGAGGAUGAAAAGAAACAGAUUGCUACUCAGACAAACCUGACACUUCUGCAGGUCAACAACUGGUUUAUAAAUGCACGGAGGCGGAUCCUGCAGCCCAUGUUGGAUGCCAGCUCUUCUGAGACACCCAAAGCCAAGAAGAAAACGCCUCAAAACCGGCCACUGCAGCGCUUCUGGCCUGACUCCAUUGCUGCUGGGGGAGGCACUCAGCAGCAUGUUACCAUGCCAGACGGUACGAUGGUGACAAUGAAUGUGGAGGGUUUGCAGAGCCUGACGUCAGACGGUGCCACGCUGGCAGUACAGCAGGUGAUGCUGGGAGGUCACAGUGAAGAUGAGUCGGGGGACAGUGGAGACGAGGACGAUGAUGCAGACAUGGCCGGGCUGGGCCUGGACAACAGCGACUCACUGCAGUAGAGGACACACUCCCUCACACGCUGAUCUACACGUACACACAAGACAUGCGCAAAUAGAUCUACAGAAUACAUGUGCAUUCUCAAACACACAAUGAAUCAUAGUACAGACACAAACAUUAGGUUUACAUAGAGCACAAAACAACAGGACAUAACAGAAGUGGUCCUGCACUCUUCCAACCAUCCACCCUGCUGAACGGCGGUUUAUGCUGCGUGUGUGUACAUCAGGAGUUUCAUUUCAGAAACCGUUUUUUUAAUUAUUUAGUUGAUGUAGGCGAGUGCACUUUUUUGUAUAUUUAAGCUCAAAAAGAUUAAAUCAAACAGAAGAAAAAAGAAGUGUUAAAAACACCCGAAGCAAGUUUGUAUGCUCCGUUAAUAAAUGUUGACUGAUUUAUGAUUUUUUUUUUCUUGGCCCAUCCCCAUCCCCAGUUGAAAUUUCAUUUUGGAUGCCAACACUUUAAAGUUGUAUCUGUAAGGGUUUGUCUUCACUUUUUGCAUGCUUGUGUUUUGAGUAGAUGUGCGCACUCUUACGACUGACUCCACAGCUCUCACAUGAGCAUCUGCAGGCCAAGCAGAGCUCAAUAGAAGAGACUGAGAGAGAAAAAAAAGGAGAGAUGCUUAUUUUUAUAUAUAAAAAUAUGAAAUUAGUGGGGUUUUUUGUUUCAUUUUUGUGUUCUCCUGUUUUGUAAGGAAUAUUUAUGUACAGAUUCAUAAUUAAAGCUAGCGACCCUGUUUUCCAGGGUUCUUUGAAGUUUUCUAAAAAACAGAAAAAGGAAUUGAUUGCUGAAGAAAAUUGUUAUUUAAAUUGGUUUUAAACUUACAAUAUUAACAAGGCCUUACCUAUGUUUUUUUCUAAAGAAUUCUUGCCAAGAAGCACAAAAAGAAAGUCUGACCCUUGUUGAAAUUGGUCAAAUAGACACUAAACUGCAGAACACUUGUGGCUCUGUAAAGCAUUGUUAAUAAUUUUCCUUUGUGUACUGCAGCAUCACAGUUAUCUGAAGGGUUACUCAGUAAGUUGACUGUAGUGCUGAGUUUUUAAAUACAGUUCCAGUUUUACCCACAUUGUGUAUACCAUACAUUACGUCUUUUAAUCGUUCUACAGUAAUAGCGUAGGCAUAAUUUUCUCAAAUGCACAAUCCAGAACACUAUGCUAAUCACACAAUCACAAGGGUCUGAGAUGGAAACCCCUGGGAGGGCAGUAUCUACAGUGAGAUAUAAACUCCAUCAUCAACAAGAAGCAGUGGACUUUUUGCACGCAUUAAACUUUAUUUAUGUAUACAUAUAUGCUACUGCAUUACAAACAGAGCAGUCAGCAAGUUGGACUCCUUGCUCAUUGCCAGCCUGAAGGAUUGUGACUAAGCGCUGCAGCCUCUGUUGGUCCCCCUGCCACUACAAACACAUGUAGUGAAAGAUUCAAAAUCUCUAUCAAUUUGUUGAUAUUACUGCACAAAUUGGGGUGCCUCUUGUAUGAAUAUCUGUAAUAUUGUACUGUACAACAGUUGUCUGUCAAUAGUUGCAGUAAUCUGGUUUAUAUCCCUCUUGUAAAUUUGAGACUUGAAAUGGUUAAUUUCAUGAAGCCUGAGGGUAUAGAGACUCUGGGUGGGCCCUCACUGAGCUCUCGGUUCCUCACUUGCGUCUGUCUUGCUUUUUAUGACGCGCUGUUCACUUUUCUCUCGUCUGUUUUGCCUUAGAGCUUUCUAUUUUGGAAUAAACGAUGCCUAACUCUC